AUGCCAGUGAUUAACAUCGAGGACCUGACAGAAAAGGACAAACUGAAAAUGGAAGUAGACCAGCUGAAGAAGGAGGUCACUCUGGAAAGAAUGAUGGUUUCCAAAUGUUGUGAAGAAGUAAGGGAUUAUGUUGAAGAAAGAUCUGGGGAGGAUCCCCUAGUGAAGGGGAUCCCAGAGGACAAAAAUCCCUUCAAGGAGCUCAAAGGAGGCUGUGUGAUUUCAUAG